UACUGCUCACAGAAGCCACGCAGCUUGGGUUCAAUCACACUGCGGUGGAGCCUCACCCCUGUGGGAACCCAGAUGCAGGCCAAGUACAGCAGCACCAGGGACAUGCUGGAUUCUGAUGGGGACACCAUCAUGAGUGUGCAUUCUCGAACGUCUUCUCCAAUCCAGCAGCUGGAGCCUGGGCACAAAGAGACCCGGCCUCCCUCUUCAGUUUGGCGUCCAGUGGCCCUGACCCUGCUGUCACUGUGUUUGGUGCUGCUCCUUGGCCUGUUGGCCCUGGGGCUUGUGUUUUUUCAGUUCUACCAGCUUUCCAAUACUCAGCAAGACAGCAUUUCUAACAAGGAAGAAAGAUUGGGGAAUCUCUCCCGACAGCUCCAGUCUCUCCAGACAAAGAACAGGAAGCUUGCAGAAAUUCUGCAGCAUGUGGCUGAAAAACUGUGUCGUGUGCUCUAUAACAAAACUGGAGAACACAGAUGCAGUCCUUGUCCAGAAGAAUGGAAAUGGCAUGGCGACAAAUGCUACCGAUUUUGUAGAGAGAGCAAAAGUUGGCAAGGCUGUGAAUAUUUCUGCAUUGCGGAGAAUGCAACCAUGCUGAAGAUAAACACACAAGAAGUGCUGGAGUUUGCCAUGCCUCAGAGCUACUCUGAGUUUUUCUACUCUUAUUGGACAGGGCUAUCCCGCAACGGCAGUGGAAAGGCCUGGCUAUGGACCGAUGGAACCCCUUACUCCUCUGAACUGUUUGAGAUUAUAAUAGAUUUCACCAGCCUACGAAGCAGGGACUGUGUGACCAUCCUCAAUGGAAAGGCUUUCUCAAAGGACUGCAAAGAGUUGAGGCGGUGUGCUUGUGAAAAAAAGGCGGCAACAGUGAAGUUUGAGAGCCUCCUUUAGCUUCUCUGAGCCAUUACGUGAAGAGAGUUUGCAGGGACUCUACAAGAGUACUGAUUAUUUGAUCAUCUGAAGAAGAUAAGGCUUUGAGAAGCACGCUGUCUUCAAGAAGGUGAUUUCAGCACUUUCCUGAGAUGAAACCUUUUGAGGCAAGGUGGUCUUCCACACAUGGCUAAAGAUGAGUCAAGGAAACUUUAAUAGGGUGAGUUAUCUAAUCAGGUCCUGGAAAGAGGAAGAGAACCUGUGACAUCUGCACACAUCACUGGUUCCUUGUGUAAGUGUUCCGAUCUCAGGAAGCCAAUAUGCACAAUCAUAACAGGUGUCACAGUAAAUAACACCAUCACGACCACUGACUGUUGAUUUAUGGAAAAAUCAGUUUUAGGGAUUUCAUACUAGAAAAGAGAGUCUAUUAUAAAUCUUUAUUUUUCAGC